AUGGACUCUGACGAGGAGGAGGAGCAGAUGUGCGCCGAGAUUUUUUUAAUAAGAAAUGGCAACCGCCACCCAAGACGAGGAGCACAUGCUGAUCCUAACUUGCCUGUCCGGCUUGUACGCCGAGUCGGCCAUUGGUCACCGUGGUGGGUCGGCACCAGGAUGAGUCGGAAGCUCUUCCUGAAAAUUGUGUAUGCCCUUCGAGAGUACGACUCCUAUUUCAGAUGCAAGUUGGAUUGCACCAGCAUGAUAGGGUUCUCCGCCCUCCAAAAGUGCACGGAGGCUAUGCGGAUGCUGGCAUAUGGAGCUCCUGGUGAUUGUACCGAUGACUAUCUUCGAAUGGCGGAGCCCACCGCCCUUAAUUGUUUCUACCGGUUCUGCAGGGCAGUGAUAGCACUGUUCGGGGACAUCUACUUGAGAUCACCCACUUGCUCGUCGAUCUUCUUCAAGCUUGUUGAGGGUCAUGCUCCUCUGGUUAACUUUGUGAUCAAUGGCCAGCAAUACAACAAGGGAUACUAUCUUGCAGAUGGUAACUAUCCAAAGUGGGCAACAUUUGUGAAGACUAUCUAA